AGCAGGGGUACUGGCAUGUAUGAAUGGCAUGUCUUUAAUAACUGUCCUUUAGGGACUUUGAAUCACGAAAGCCCCAUGGCGAUGAACGAGGCUCCAUCCCGAAAUAACCAUUUCCACGUAACGAUUUUCUGCAGAGGUUUAAAUAUAUAUACUGGCGACAUCUGUACGCGGGUUCGAAAACGCGUGAUGCCUCACUAAAACUGGCAAAUUGGCCGAUAUGCUUUAAUAUCCCAUUUCCAGCGGCGGGCUUUCAGCCAGCCCGAACCAAACCGACCAAGGGGGAGUCGGAGGAUUAUACCAAUUUAAAAGACGGAUUUGGGGCAUAACAUGUUCUCGUCCUGGCACGCGGCCACGACCAUAGCUCGAGAUCCCGGUAGGUCAGUUCUAAAAUUAGAGGCGGUUUCUUCCGCGACCGCAGCCAAAGUGCGAUGCAUAAAGUCAUGUAAACCGGGGGAUACACUAUCACAAGGGCUGGCAGUAAAGACAAGUCUUUCCAUGGGUGACAUUUAACGCCACACGCUGACCGAAGAGGCUCUGUGCGUAACGCGGGGACAGCGCUGGAUCUACACCGGCCACUGCUGCGCGAAUCACGAGUGUUGAGGUUGUGGUUUGUUUGGUUUUUUUUUCCGAGACGCCAUAUGUACUUUUUUUCAGCGCACAGCUUCCUUGACUUCACACUUCUGCAAAAAUGUCUUUUUUAACCAUACCAAGUCAAGAGGGGCUUUUUACCGCGAUUAAAACUGGCAAGUCGGCCGAGGAGACCGAGAGUAGGCCCCCCAUGUACGACGAGGAGAAUAACGAUGAUGAUGAUGACGAUGAUGAUGAAGAUGAUGUCACCGAGGACGUCCGCCUCAUCCCGAGAUGCUCCCCGGUGCCCAGGAAGCGAGGCCCGUCCAUCUAUGACGAGGCUGCUGAGUAUAUGCGGAUCCACUUAGAGCUGUCUGCCGGAAAGAAAGUGGCAUUCGCCGACACAACAGGUGGGGACCUGGUGGAUGUGAAGGAAUUCGUUGCCUUCGAUUCGGACGAGGAAGCGGAUAGUGAGAGGUGGAAGAAAGAGGAGGCGAAGUACCGAAAGCCAGAGCGAAAGGCGACCUAUCGUGUGCGGCCAGAGUUCAACGCGCCCGCCGGCAGUGCCCUGCUGCAGGCUGUGCACGCUAACAAAGUGGAGGUUGAGCAGAUAGCUCCAGUAGAGAAUGAGCCACUGGCAUUCACUGCUCUAAUACGAGUCCUGAACAUCUCCUUCCACAAAGCAGUUUACAUCAGAUCGACCAUGGACAACUGGGUCACUUACUUUGAUCACUUGGCAGAGUAUGUCCAGGGAUCUCACGAUGGGGACACAGAUCGAUUCUCCUCCAAGCUCUCUUUUGUACCACCUUUCAGCACACAUGGCUCUCGCAUUGAGUUUGUUGUUCGCUAUGAAACAUCUGUGGGUGAUUUCUGGGCCAAUAACUCCUCCAUGAAUUAUGUGGUAACUCUGCUCCUGUCCUAUGAAGACGAUGCGGCGGAAGGAGACGUCGACCCGCAACGACUGAGAAGUAUCCUGAAACCUCCAAAAGAUUACAGUAUGAAUGAGGAUUUAGAUUCAGAGGAUGAGCAGGAAAAGGAAGAAGCAGAAGAAGCAGGGACUUCCGAGUCAGGACUUGUCAGAUCUACAGCGGCCUGCCCUUACAUGGUACAGCCAGAGAUUGACAUAGAGACUGCAGUUCACCCCUCUGGUCCUUCUGUCCCACCCAACCAAGAGCUUCCAUCGGUUGAUGGCACCCUGUCCGCUCACACUGCAUCCCCAGGUGAACGAUUCCCUUCCGUGUCUUCCGAAACCACACUUCAAACUAAUUCAUCCUGUGCAAUCUCUGCCAGUGAAUCGGUCGAGCUAAAUAAGUCACAGCCUUUACCCAGACUCCACUGUGAAUUAGGCAACCAAAUAUCAGAGCUGCCCAUGGACAGUAGUCCUUCUGCGCUGCUGCCUUCUCUACAACAUGAAUCAAGGCCAAGAUCAGACAGGUCCCAGGCUGGCGGAGAGAAAAUCCCUUCCUCAGAGGCCUCUUGCAUGCAUCUUCCUACAACAGAGACAAAUCUGCGGCCGACAGGAGAGGACGGAUCGACCGAAAGCCCGACUGGUCGUCCUCUUCUUGAACUGGCUGCUGCGUCUGUCUCCGCUCCCGGUGUGACCCAGGGCUUUGAACGAGACGUUGCAGCGGGACCGAGCGAACUCGUUGCAGGAUUAUCAGAAAGCUCCAGCAGUUCUGCAGCACAUCGUGAAGGCAGUACGCCUGUGCUCCCGCCUCCUUUGGCAGAGAGUCGGGCAUCUCUGGGAGCAGAGGGUGAAGCUCCGGCAUCACCAGAGCUCACAGAGAACGCCUCCGUGAGCACAGGUGUCACUGACUCGAGCGAGAAGUUAGCUCUUCAGUCUGACUCGGCCUGGGAGGAGAAAGAAGAUGCUCCUCAGAUUUCCCCCGACACAUUAUUAGAGAAUCUAUCAAACACACUGUCAGCGGCUUCUGAGCCCCAGCCCGAGCAUGACGUCAACCAGAGUCUGAUGCCAUCCAUCGUCUUUCUGAGCGGAGUUGUUUCCCUCUCGAUAGUGAUGCAGGAGCCCAGUGCCCUCUUCUUGAUUGGACUACUCCUGAUCUUGCACCGUUUGUGAUUAUGCCACUAAGGUUACUUCUGAUCGGUUCACAAGUUAAGUGCCUUUUCAUGAUUCCAAAAGAAGCCAUCGGGUUUAAAACAUAUUGAAGUUGUGAAUCACUGUGUGAGUUUUCAGAUCAACAUAUAUUUUCAUCAAAAGUAAGACAUGUUGGGUACAAUUUAUGAGCAUUACCAUGCAAAGUCCAUAUCGUUGAGAAAGUAAUUAUAAAAUAUAAUAAAAUACAUUGGAGAUAUUUUCAUGUAAUCUGUCAAAGUGUUAAGUAAUAGAAUAGUAGUCAGUUAUUACCCCAUUUCUACAGCAUCAUUGUGUUUACUCUAAUAACAAAUCACAGUAUAUUAUCUCAGAUGUUUUUUAAGUAUUCUGUAAUUACUUUUUUUCUCGUCAUGCAAAGAUGUGUGUAUGUGGUGUUAUAAUCUGAUUUAUUCAAUCAGUACUAUAAUGAUCUUGUUUUUUUGAUUGUUGUUGUCAGUGUGUAGCCAAAGGUUGUUGUCUAACCUCACUGCCAAUGAAUUUUAACUUUUCUGAAUUCCAUUUGCUAUUAUGUCUUUAAGGAAGGACAAAAAUACAUUACCAUAGUGGGACACUGAAGAGACUAAUAAUGUGAACGGAAUUUUGUUUACAAAGUGCAAAAGCAAAACAUGGAUAUUUUUUUGCCUUAAUGGUUAAAAAAAACGAAAACCUGGUGACCUUUAGUAAACAUCAGAUUGAAAUGGAUGCUGCCCGAGGUGGAAAAUUGUCGGGUGUGACAUGUGAACGUGGUAUUUAUCAUUAGAGAGCGCCGGCCUCCUCACUAUUGCGUAUUUCAUCUGAUAAAUCUUCCUGUUGAAUCUUGCUAGUAAAUAAACAUUGUCGUUGUUGCAUAACAUAAAAAUUUGUAGCACCACUUUGACAACUUCACAGACAGACUGAAGCAUUGAAUGACAUGUUUGAAGUG